UUCAAAACGCAAAUGCGCGGCGACGUCUUCGGGGACCUCAAAUUCAAACUAAACACUAUCUCAGCCGUUCAAUCCAAUUUCAUAAAAUGUUCAAAACCAUGAACUCUGUUCAGCGAUUUUCAGUUGGAGAGUGAGGUGAGGGGGAGAGGGUGGAAUUGCGAAAGAAGAAAGAGAAAAAUUCGUGUUUCUGAAAACUACAUUCUGUAAAUGAAUCAAGAUCCAAGAGUUUCUAGCCAUCCCACGACGACCUAUUUCUUGGACAUUUCAAGAUCUCCCUCGAAAACCCUAAAACAGAAGCAGCUGAGCUAAUUAUCAGAUCGAUAAGAUUUCAGGAGUUCGUCGGCUUUCUAUAUUAUUUCUCAAUUCCUCUUUCAGAAUGUUAAGGGACUUGAAAAUCUUUCGACGGAAUUCUGGGAAGAAUCCCACUGCAGAGGAAAUUGAGAAUGUUCCAGUAAAUCCUUCUGAUUCGUUGAUAAUUCAACCAACUGUUGACGUGUCGAGGGCCCCUUUAAACACGAUCGCAGAGCUUACUCAAAAUCCUAAAGUUGUAGCACCAGAACAAGAUGCAGGCGUUAGGAAUAAGGUGGACAGAACUCCUUCUAAGACAAAGGGAAAAGGCUAUGAUGUCACAGGGCUCCUUCGCACUCCAGAGAAACAAGGAAUUGGUCAUUCCUCAAGGAAUAGAUUUGGGUGGUCACAGAAGAAUGAACCUAAUUUGAAUGUCGCUGAAACACGCGACGAAGGGAGAGCUGACAUUAGCUACGGACCUUCAAGCCGUGGGAAUUUGGGUUCUGCAAACACGACUCCUCGUUCAUUUCGGGUAACGGGGAGAGCUACAUCAACCCAUUCCGAAAGUAAUUCAACACAAAGCACACCAACCAAGAGUGUGACCAAGCCUCCUAAUCCAGCAUUUGCUCCACUUAGUGUCUGUCGCCCUCCUUUGAACUCAGGUGCUCGCUCGGGAAAUAGUACUGUCCUGUCUAAAGGGGUUUCUAUCUCAUCUGCGCCACAAUUGGUUGUAAAUACUGUCGAAGUGCCUCACUUCGAGCCACGAGAGGAUCCGUCAUUCUGGAUGGAUCACAAUGUACAGGUUUUAAUACGUAUACGUCCUCUCAAUAGCAUGGAAAGGAGCUCUCAUGGUUACAACAGGUGCUUGAAGCAGGAGAGUGCACAAAGCAUUACAUGGAUUGGACAACCAGAAACUCGAUUCACAUUUGAUCAUGUAGCAUGCGAAACUGUCAACCAGGAAAUGCUUUUUAGAGUGGCUGGUCUUCCAAUGAUAGAGAAUUGUCUGUCUGGAUACAACAGCUGUAUUUUUGCUUAUGGUCAGACAGGAAGUGGAAAGACAUAUACCAUGCUUGGCGAGAUUGAUGAACUGGAAGUCAAGCCAAGUCCAGACCGUGGGAUGACACCACGCAUCUUUGAAUUCUUGUUUGCAAGAAUUAGAGCAGAAGAGGAAAGCAGAAGGGAUGAAAAGUUAAAAUAUAAUUGCAAGUGUUCCUUCUUAGAGAUUUACAAUGAACAAAUUACGGAUCUCCUUGAUCCUUCAUCCACAAAUUUGCUUCUACGGGAGGAUAUUAAGAAGGGAAUAUAUGUUGAAAAUCUUACUGAGUUUGAAGUCCAGACUGUUAAUGACAUUCUUAAGCUUCUUGCUCAGGGUGCUGCUAAUAGAAAAGUUGCAGCGACAAAUAUGAAUAGAGAGAGCAGCCGAUCGCAUUGUGUUUUCACCUGUGUGAUAGAAAGUAGGUGGGAAAAAGAUUCUACUUCUAACCUACGGUUUGCAAGACUAAACCUUGUAGAUCUUGCUGGUUCAGAAAGACAAAAGACAUCUGGGGCUGAAGGCGAGCGCCUAAAGGAAGCUGCAAAUAUCAACAAAUCAUUAUCCACACUUGGUCAUGUAAUCAUGGUUUUGGUGGAUGUGGCACAUGGGAAGCAACGGCAUGUUCCUUAUAGAGACUCAAGAUUGACAUUUCUUCUUCAGGAUUCACUUGGUGGAAACUCAAAAACUAUGAUCAUUGCUAAUGUCAGUCCUUCAAUCUGUUGUGCUGCCGAAACACUAAGCACUCUAAAGUUUGCCCAGCGUGCAAAACUUAUUCAGAACAAUGCUGUUGUGAAUGAGGAUGCUUCAGGGGACAUAAUAGCAUUACAACAUCAGAUACGGCUUUUAAAGGAGGAGCUUUCUGUUCUCAAGCGCCAGAAUGUCUCUAGGUCUCUUUCAUUUCGUUCAGCAAUAUUUGAAGAUGCUGAUGUGGAAGGAUAUGAAACUUCUUCUUUAAGAAAGACACAUGAAAUGGAUCAGAGCACUACUGAUGAUUCACAUGGUUCUGCCUCUUCGGGCAUCAUUAGAAUGUCCACUAAACAGCUGAAAUCGUUAGAGACCAUACUUGCUGGUGCAUUGAGAAGAGAAAGGAUGGCAGAUACUUCUAUCAAGCAGCUUGAAGCUGAAAUUGAACAGCUGAACCGCCUGGUUCAUCAAAGAGAGGAGGACAACCGGAGCACUAAAAUGAUGCUGAGGUUCCGUGAGGAUAAAAUUCGAAGAAUGGAGUCACUUGUGGGUGGUAUAUUGCCUCCAGAUGCAUAUCUGUUGGAAGAAAACAAUUCUUUAUCUGAAGAGAUACAAAUACUUCGUGCUAAAGUUGAUAGAAACCCAGAAGUGACUCGUUUUGCAUUGGAGAAUAUUAGGCUAUUAGAUCAACUUAGAAGAUUUCAAGACUUCUAUGAGGAAGGGGAGAGAGAACUUCUCUUGGAUGAAGUAUCUGAACUGCGAAAUCAGUUAGCUCAGUUCCUAGAAGGAAAAACUGGACAGCAUGAUUUUCCUCACUUGAAUAUGCUACCUAAGAAACAGGAAGCUGUACAUGUGACCAAAGAAAAUGAUGGCUUCCAUUUGGAGCUGGAAAACACCCGCAAAGAAUUAGAAGACUGCAGGAACAACCUAAAAUCUUGCUUGGAGAUGAAUGCAAAACUAACUUGGGAAAUAGAUGACCUGCGUUUUCAGCUCAAGAACCUUAAAUCUUCCACAUUUGAUGCAAAUGCUGAACCAAUGAAGGAGUCCAUGGCAGAAGCUCAACUAUUCGAGGCUCAAUUGCUCAAAGCAGUUCAAAAAGAAAAAAUUGACUGGGAGCAACAAACUCUGAUGAAACACACAGAAGAAAUCAUGAAUUUGCAGCUGGAGUUGGACAUACUAAAGAUUAUUCUCCAAGAAGAGAGGUCAUUGCAUGGUGAGGUAGAGAAAAGGACUUUAUGCUUGAAUAGAGAUCUUGAGAUAGAAAAAGAAAGAUCUUUGCAGAUCAUCAAGCAAUAUGAAGAUGUGAAGAAUGAAUUGAAGGAUGCAAGAAAUGUAAUUGAAGCUCUUGAGUCCCAACAAAUUUUAUCAAUCAAUGAACUAGGGGAUCUAAGAGUCAGCAACAGCCAAUAUAUGGAGCUUCUGAGUAAACAAGAACAGGAAAUCUUCAUUUUAAAAGAACAACUUUCUAGUCAAGAAUUAAAAAAUAACCUACUUUUAAAGGUUUCAGAUAGAGAGGAUUCUUGCUUACGGGCAAAACUGAAGAAAAUGCAUGAUUCUCUUGAAAAGGCCAAGAGGCUGAACAUGUCCUACCAAAGUGAUCAAGCAUUUCAGACAUCACAUGAGCAAGAAAUGGAUGAAGUUCGCAGGCAGGCUGAAGCUGAAACAGCUGAGGUAAUUGUCUGUUUGCAGGAAGAGCUGGCCACUCUUCAGUAUCAACUCGAGGAAAGCAGUGCAAAAGAGAUGGAGACAAAACAGAGCUUGAUGCAUCUGGAAACAGAAUCUAAGGAGCUCCAGGAAAGGUUACAUUUUAUGACCCAGAAUACUGAAAGGCUUGGGGAACUGAUAAAGGAGAAAGAUUUGGAAAUAAGGGCAUUAUCUGAAGAGUGGGAAAGACUGGCUUCUGACAUGGAAGAAGUUCUUGCUGAUGGACAUGAGGCACUGAAAGAUGCCUCUGAUCAGCUUGAUUUGAUCUCCAGUUCCAUCCCUCACAGAAGGACUUGGAUUGGUGAGCAGGUAAAUAAGAUGAUAAGAACCAUUACUGAGAAAGAAUUAACUAUUCAAGAGCUCCAAAGAUGUGUGGAGGAUGCACAUGACAUAAGGAAUGACAUGGAUUGGAAACUCAGGUCUUUAAGAGGUGCAGUACUGGCUAUAACUGAAACACAGCAGCACGAAAGAAAUGAGAAAGAGAAAGAGGUUUUCCUUUUGAAAUCACAGUUGAGUGCAAAAGAUACAAUCAUAGCAGAUUUAGAAAAUAAGAUAAGUUUUGAAAAAAGGCAGUGUAGCAAUGCAAAGAUUUGUGCAGUUGUUGCCUUUGUAAUUGUAAACAGAUUGUCUGAAAUAAACCAUGGUUAUCUAGAUGCAUUGAAGAAUAAAGAUCUCCAACUUAGUGAGUCUGUAGAAUUGAAUUUGAAGAUGGAUACUCUUUUCCAUGAAAAGGUUGCUGUAAUUGAAGAAGCAGAAAAACAGAUAAAAGAUCUAACAAUUGAACUAGAAGCAUCUAAGGAGACAUGUGCUAUGCUUGAAGAGAAACUUACUGAAGAGAAGAAACAAGCUUGUUCCAUGGAAUGUAAGCUUGAAGAAUUUGAGAAAGAUUUCCUUUUGAAAACAAAGCAGAAACUAGAUGAAUUGAAAAGUGGUUUUUUCACACUCAAUUCAUGCAUGAGUGAGUACACAGAGCCAGUUGGAGGGCCUGAGAAGGUACAUGCCCCAGGAAGGCAUGAGAAUAUCUGUGAGGAACACGAUUCUGUUGGAGGGACUGGGACUGAAAAAAGUGAACGAAGCAGAAAUGAAGAGUCAGAUGUUGCUGUGGAUAUGACAAAUGACAUUACACAAAAUGAUUUAAAAAUAGAAAAGGACACUUAUGCAUGUGAACUAAAAAGUUUGGAACCUGGAAGGAAUUCAAAAGAUGUGUUUGAUAGAGAUAUUACUAUUCUUCUUCUGAAAAAAGAAAUAGAAUCUGCACUUGUCAGCUUAAGAGGAGUACAGGUUCAGAUGGCCAAACUACUUGAUGAGAAAGAGGAGAUUAGAAAGUCUGAGAAGAAGAGUCGUCAAAGUGUGGAAUGUCUCAAAGCCCAGGUUCUUGCACUUCAAGCAGAGAUGAGCAGCAUGGAGAAACAAUUUAAUCUCAAAAUGAUGGAGCUAGACAAUAAGCUUCAGACAGUUGAAGAGGUGCUUGAGCUUGAGCUCACUGAUGCAAAGGUGGUUGCAGCCCAGAAAAGUGCUGAGGCAUCUUGUCUUCUUGCCAAAUUUGAAGAGGCUCAGGAAACCAUGAAAGAAGCAGAUGCUGUGGUGAAUGCACUGAUGCUAGCAAACGAAAGUGCGAAGCUUGAGAUUGAAAGGCUUAAAAAAUUAGGAACUGCAUUAGAAAGUGAGAGGGGCUCCUUGAUCAAAGAGGUUCAGAACUUAAAGUCUUUGAAUGAUCUGAAGGAUCAACAAUAUGAUGACCUAGAAAACCAAUUUAAAUCAAGUUUAUUAGAAACAAGGGGUCUAGUUCUUGAACUGGAGGACAUCAUUGCACAAGUCCAGGCCAAUUUUGAGGAAGAGUUUGAAUCAGUAAUAGGUGAACUGAAUUGCAUGAAAUCUCAGGUCCUAAGUUCUACAAACUUAAUGAGCUCAUUGUUGGAGGAUGUAUGGUCUGAGAUAAUUGUAAAAGAUUGUGCAGUGUCAGUGCUACAUCUUUGUCACAUGGGAGUUUUGUUGGAGAUGGUAACUGGGCUAAAUGCAGAAAAUGGACUGCUUCAUCAUGGACUAUAUGAAUCAAACUCCCUCAUAGCUGCUUUGAGGGAGCAAAAUUUUAAAGCAAAAAAAGAACUUGAAAUGUGCAGAAUCCUGAAAGGGAAGCUUCUGGUUGACAUCAAGAAUAACUUUGAUCGUAUUGCUAGGAAAGAAGAUGAAACUGGAAAGCUCAGUGCAAAGUUGAUGUCUUUUGAGAAGAAAAUCUUGGAUUUACAACUCCAAGAAGAGUCCAUGUUGGCCAGAUCAAAUUCAAUGGGCUCUGAGCUUGCCAUUCUGAUGAAGGAGCUGGACAUGAGCAAACAGAAUUCUUUGAGAGUCACUUUGGAUGAAGAGAAACUACUUAAAGACAAAGAGAAGGUUAUAAAAUCUCUGGAAGAGUUUAUCAUGACCAAUUUGUCUGCAAAAGAAUUUGAGUCUCUUGUUUUGAAAUCAGAAUUGAAAUUGAUGAACCUUCAAAGAGCUGAUCUGGUGAGAGAGGGAUGUAGACUUGCAGAAGUGCUUGAUAAUUUGAAUAAAGAAAUGAUUUUACUUAUGGUAGAUUUAGAAGUUGAAAAGCAAUUGUUAAUGGAUACUGAGUCUGAGGUUGAGCUUCUAAAGAAAGAAGCUAAUGAAGCACAUAAUGACAGGCAGGGCAUAUUGCAGAAGCUGAAGCAAAGUAGCUUAAAAAUCACAGAGAUGGAUAAAGUGAAUAAAACCCUUGAACAGGACAUUCAAUUAUUAAAAGAAGUUUCCUGCUUGAGCCAAAGUGAGCUUGAUGAGGCCCUCAAAGAUAAGGAAAGACUGUUGGCACAGGUUCAAGUGCUUGAGAUUGAAAAGAAAAGACUUCAUGAAGAGAUGAGCUCAAAGGAAGCAGCCUUGAAUUCUUCUUCUAAUCAUAUUUCAGCCCUUAAAAUCCAAAAUCAGAAGUUGCAGAAUGAUGCAAGCUUGCUGGACUCUUCUGUUUGCAGGCUGCAAACUGAAAUUGACCAAGAAAAACACAGAUUGCAAGACAGAAUUUCUUCCCUGGAAGCAUGCAUUUCUAGCCUGCAGAUUGAUCUGGAGAUUAGAAAUGCAGAAAUGGAGAGGCUUGAGCAUUCUCAGUCUGUCUCUGUGGAGGAACUUAGAUCCAAUAGACAGGAUUUAGAGUUCCAAAUUGACAAGGUAAAUGCCUUGAAGGAAGAGAAUGGUUCUUUGAAAUAUGAACUUAUGUCUGUUGGGCAGAAGAGGGAUGAAAUUCUCUCUCUGAUAAGAUUAAAUGCUAAGAAUUGUGUUGAUUUAUUCAAAGUUGUGGACAUGUCAGGGAACAAAAUAUGUGAAAUACUGGAGGAGAAAAUUUUGACAUUAUUAAAUAGAAUGUUUCAGGAGAUAUCUGAAAAUGAAGAAAGGGUCUCUAAGGUCAUAGUAGAGUCGGAGCACUUGGAGCAUUUUGUUCAAGAGCUGAUCUCAGAAAAUUUGUCUCUCCAAGAUGAGUUACUGAGGAAAGAAGAUGUUUUGAAAGGUCUGCUGUUUGAUCUUAGCUUGUUGCAAGAGUCAGCAUCCAAUGCCAAGGACCAAAAAGAUGAACUUGAAGAAAUGGUUGCUGCAUUGGAGUCAUUGGAAGAAGAACUUGCAGCUAAAUCAGGCGAGCUUGAUGAGGCUGUUGCCCAUGGUCAAAUGCUUGAAAGUGAUUUGCAAGGGAAAAUCAACAUGAUAUCUUCCCUUGAGUUAGAUAUCUCAAAAGAGCGUGAGUCACUAAAGCUGCUUUCAGAUCAAAAUCUUGAACUGAAAGUUCAAGUGGAAGAUCUUUUAACAGAAAAAACUUCUACUGAAGAGGAGUUAACAGAGAGAAGAAGAGUGACUGAAAGGUUAGAAGAGGAAGUCCUUGAAAUGGGUAAUGCCUUGGGAGAAAUGAAUAAUUUCAUUGAGUCCUUGAAGAAUGACUUGGAUAAAGUAUCUACAGAGAGGAAUGACCUUUACUCUGAGGUUCUUACAUUGAAAGAAAAACUAGAAACUGUGCAGGCUCUGGCUGAAGAAAAUGAAGCUAUUGCCGUGGAAGCUCGACAGAUGGCUGAGUCAAGAAAAAAUUAUGCCGAAGAAAAGGAAGAGGAAGUGAAGCUGUUAGAGAGGUCUGUUGAAGAGUUGGAAUGUACUGUGAAUGUAUUGGAAAACAAGGUUAACAUUGUCAAAGGGGAGGCUGAAAAGCAACGGUUGCAGAGGGAAGAUCUGGAAAUGGAGCUUCAGUCUUUGAGGCAUCAGAUGCUUACAGUACAUAAUUCUAGCAUUAUGAUGAGUUCAGAUACUCAAAAUGUUUCAAAUGUUGAUCUCCAAAGGAAGCUAGAAGAAAAAGAGAUUGACAUGCAAGAAGCCCAAAAACAAAUAAAGAUUCUUGAGAAGAAUGUUGCUGAGAAGGAGGCAGAGAUUUCACAGUGCAGAGCUCAUAUUUCAGAGUUGAAUUUGCAUGCAGAGGCACAGGCACGUGAGUAUAAGCAGAAGUUCAAAGCAUUGGAAGCCAUGGCUGAACAAGUCAAACCUGAGCAGACAUCCUCCCAUAUUGCAAAUUUAUCAUCGAGUAAACCAGAGAAGAAUGCUGCAAAAUCAAGGGGUUCUGGUUCCCCUUUUAAAUGCAUUGGUUUGGGCUUGACACAGCAAAUAAACUCUGAAAAGGAUGAGGAGCUUAAUGCAGGGAGGCUUCGUAUAGAAGAGCUUGAAGCAUUAGCUGCAAGUCGACAGAAAGAGAUAUUCAUGUUGAAUGCUAGACUAGCUGCUGCAGAGAGCAUGACUCAUGACGUUAUUCGGGAUUUAUUAGGAGUAAAAUUGGAUAUGACCAAUUAUGCUUCGCUGUUGGACUGUCAGCAAGUACAGAAGAUAACAGAGAAAGCUCGGCUACAUAGUGAAGAAUCUGAGCAGGAGGUGCUGAAACUGAAGCAGCAACUUAAUGAAUUUAUUAAAGAGAGACAAGGAUGGCUGGAAGAAAUAAACCAAAAACAUGCCGAGAUGGUGGCUGCUCAAAUUGCACUGGAAAAACUUCAUCAGCGGGAUCAGUUUCUGACAACAGAAAAUGAAACACUGAAGAUAGAGAAUGCAAACUAUAAAAAGGAAGUAACAGAACUUCAGAGUGAAGUGAAGAAGCUCUCUGGCCAGCAAAAUCUUCAGCAGCGCAUCCAUCAUCAUGCGAAAAUCAAGGAAGAAAACUAUUCUUUGAAAACUCAGAAUGAUGAAUUAGGUGCUAAGUUGCGUCGAACAGAGGGCAUUCUUUCUCGUGUCAAAGAAGAGCUUGCCCGCUAUCGCGUUUCUAGUGGAAGGAGCCCCUUUAUCAAUUUUGAAGAGGAGCAACGACUCAAUGAAAAGCUAAAGGAAACAGAGGAAGAGAGACUCCAAUUAGCACAGAAGCUGUUGGGCUUGUGCACCAGCAUUUUAAAGGCAGCUGGGAUUAAGCAACCUGUAUCCAAUAUUAGUCUCUCUGUUGCUGAAGAGGCACUUGGCCAGCUUAGGGACCGGGUCACUUCACUGGAAAGAGAGUUGGAAGAUUUGAAAUUCAAGAGUAAAAUAACAAGUGAACGGAUUCGGUUGUCUGAGCUCAAUCCAGAAUCUUCAUCGCUAGGCUCAAUGAUAGAUGAAAAAAGUUUAAUACAAAGAGGGGUGUCCCAUACACCAUUUCUUUCAUCUUUAAGUCGAUAAUGCAAGGGCAAGUUGGAGAUUUUUUUUCCCUUCAUUGUUGUGUUAGUUCUUUGCUAACACUUGUGAAGAUGAGACUGUACUUAUUGUAAUUGGUUAAAGCAGGUUUGUCAUAUAUGCCAGUAAUCAAGCAAUCAAUUCUUUUGUAUACAUUCAAAAUCAAAGGAAAUAAAGAGUCUUGGAGCUUGUUGUAAUUUUA